CGAGCGCGAUGGAGGGGGUGGUCGCAUUGUCUGUCGGGACGGUGGCGGUGUUUGAAUUUCUGCCAGAAACACUCGCUGAUCCCUAUUAAGGCUUGUUUGAAGUAGACCCGUACUGGAGAUAGAUUCGCAAGCGUUAGUGUGAGCGAGUCUUAUUUUUUCUUCCAUCCUUCGUUUGGUUUCUGAAACGGUAAGACAAACCGACCGUAACUACCUAGAGCAAGUGCUUGUUGCAUUCAGGCGGCGAGAGGAGGCGCGGAGUGGCGGACCGGGCGAGGAGGCGCAAGGCGCUUGAUCGAGGAUUAGGGUCGAGAGUGGCCGGCCGGGGGGCAGAGUUAAAUGCGGUUGAUGACUUCGGAGAGUAGCAGCCAAGCACAACAGAAGGAGGUCGAGCCGGGAUCAGUCGCCCGUGAUCAAGAGAAGAAAACCGGCGAGGACCAAGGCGGCAUGGUGACCACCAAGGGGGCCGGUCUGAAUCCCAAUGCUAAAGUGUGGCAGGAAGUGUCUGCAACAACCACCCAGACUCCAGAGGCGGCCACAGAGACGUGCCAUUGCCCACAAGCAGCAGAUACUGUCUCCACCGAGGAGUCAGAAGGUUUCAAGGAGUAUGGUGUUGGCUAUGGCGACUCUGAGUCAGCCCCUCCUAUGGAGAUCAGCAUGUUGAAUGGCAUUGAGUCUGCAGAACUGGCUUACCCACUCUACGAACCAGUGGAGGGUGAGGCGGUCGAGGAGCAGCCUCCGCUGUCUGAAGAGAGUCUGAAGGAAUCACUGAAGAAGCAGCUGGAAUUUUGCUUCUCAAGAGAGAAUCUCUCCAAGGACCUUUAUCUGAUGUCUCAGAUGGACAGUGAUCAGUUUGUCCCUAUUUGGACCAUUGCAAGCAUGGAGGGGGUUAAACUGCUGACUACUGAUAUGGACCUGAUACUUGAGGUGCUACGAGCCUCUCCCGUGGUGCAGGUGGAUGAUAAGGGGGAGAAGGUACGGCCAAACCACAAGCGAUGCAUCAUCAUCCUCAGAGAGGUUCCUGAGACCACACCUGUAGAGGAGGUGGAGGCCCUGUUUAAAAGUGAGAAGUGUCCACCGGUUAUCAGUGUGGAGUUUGCACACAAUAGCAACUGGUACAUCACAUUCCAGUCUGACACUGAUGCUCAGCAGGCCUACAGAUACUUGCGUGAGGAAGUCAAAACCUUUCAGGGCAAACCAAUUAUGGCUCGCAUCAAAGCCAUAAACACAUUCUUUGCUAAGAAUGGUUAUAGGGCGGUGGACUCUGGGGUUUACUCCACUCCAUCACAGUACUCGUCUCCAGUUUACCUGCAGCAGGUGUACCAGCCUCCACAGCAGUACCCUCUCUAUAGCCUCCUGCCACAGACUUGGACCCCCUCACCCACUCCUUACUUUGAAACGCCCCUGGCUCCAUUUCCAAACACAACAUUUGUUAAUGGCUUUGGCCCAGCAGGAAACUACAAAACUGGCUCCCCUCCAAUCAGCCUUACACGCAACUACUCCCGCAACCGACUUCCACUUUAUUCCAGAAAGAAUGUAAUCAAUGCCUUCAGGAAUCAUGUAAAGCCACAGCCUCAUGCUGACGUGGGUCAGCUGACAGAGACAUUGUCUGGCACUUAUAGUCCCCAGCCUCCGUCCACUUCUACUACAGACUCCACCCUCACCCCGCUCUCUGAGCCGCCGGCUUCCCCCAGAGAGAACCACCACUCAGACCUCAGUCGUGCCAGGAGGGGAAGCUAUCGUGGCAUGAGGAGGAGAAGAGAAGAUGAAAGAACGAGGCAGAAUCCUGAUUCAGAAGUGAAGGCUCCUCCCCCUAAGUUUGACCUCGCAAGCACUAACUUCCCGCCAUUGCCAGGAGGUGUCCCGAGUAGUCUGCCAAGUGUGACUGUGCAGACGGAGUCAGUUUUGGAAAAUCGCAUGGCAGAUGUAGUUAAGGGCAUCAGCAGGGACAAGCAGGAAACAAGCAAGAUGGAUGUCGGUCAAGAUCCCAGAACAUAUCCAUUGGAAGCUCAGUUGACCAAACCCUCCACUCCAGUGCCAAAGCUUCCUGCCACAAGACAGGACACACCUAGCACUAGUGCGUCACAUCAGGUGAAGAAACCUGAGAAAGAGGUUCAGGUCUCUGACACGCCUCCGGACGUUACAUCAGUGACUGCAAAGCAAGUCCAGCCCAUUUCUGCCCCCAAAUCUUUACUCAGCCAAUCAAGCUCUUCAAGCACUGCAUCGACACCACCUUACCCAACAAGCGCAACCAUCCAGGAGACACGGAAACUGAGCUAUGCAGAGGUGUGUCAAAGGCCACCCAAAGACCCUCCCCCUACAUCAGUAGCCCCGCCCAGCCCAAGUCCCACGCCUUCUCCCACCACAAGCCAACCACUACGUGAACUUCGUGUCAACAAAGCGGAAGGCCCAGACCCAUCUCACAGCAGCCCCGGUGACAAAAUGGAAAAAGGAAGUGAUCGUCGGACAUCAAGAGAGCAGACUGUAUACCAACGUGAUAAUGCCCCCAGAGGGUCAGGUUUUAAGCUCAGAGAGCAACAGAGACGGGCUCUAAAUGGUCGACGCUCCUCUCCACAGACUGGGUACAACAGACGCAGUGGAAAAGAACAGAACAUCCCACCUAGAUCGCCAAAUUAAUGCCUCGUAUGCCCACAACACGUGCACACUUGCGUGUAUACUUGGAUAUACAACUUCUAUAUAAAGGAAGACUAAUAUAUAUAUAUAUAUAUAUAUAUAUAUAUAUAUAUGAAAACUGGACUGUCGCACUGUGGUGUCGAAGAACUCUCUGCUUCCCAAUUGUCUGCGAAAUCUGGGAAGUUGAUCCUUAAAAAUAUAAAGAAAACUAGGAAUUUAAGGAAGACAACAAAAAAAAACGUACACUUGAAAGGAGAAAUGGAGGCUGUGCUUCCUGUGUUGUCUGUGAUUUACAGAAAUGUUUUUUUAUCUAAUAUUAUCGUUAAAUGAUAAUAGUACUGUUGGUGAGAAAUCAAGCCAGCACGUGUGCUCCAUAUGCAACAGAUCACACAAAGACAUUAUGGCAACAUCCCCACUGGUCCAUAAGUCACCUUUGUGUCUCUUCCUAUGUUUGCACCAGUCCUAAAAGGGGCUGGGGAAGACGUUUGAUUCAGAUGUGAUGCAUUUGAAAAUUAUCACAUGAUCAAAAGAUUCAUAAUUUUUCUUUCAUUUUAAUUUAUUGAAAAUGUGCACAAUAUAAAACUUUACAGUUAUCCCAAAGUGUGUUUUCUAGACUUGGAAAAUUUUAUAAUAUCGUUAUUAUAAAUUACUCUAAUAUGAGUCUAAUUGAAAUCUAUACAUUUCAAAAGUUAUCUAGUCAUUAAAAUCAACUGGAAAAGUCAUAAAUUUACCUAAAAAUGGUGGAAACCUGAAAAUAUUUGGCAUGCAGUUUCAAAGUCAGGCAGAUAUUAAGGGUUUCGCAUGAUUAAGAAAGCGUAAAGCGAAUCAAUUGUGCAUGUAUUCCAUUGUAAUUGCUUCAUGACUAAAUUGAAAUUACAUCAUGAGGUGCCUGUAGAUUCCUCGCUCCACGUCUAUAAUUGGAAGACAAGUGUUUGUGUGUAACAUGUCCUCUGUGAUGUCCAGUGUUUCUGAAGUCUGGGUCUGUAAGUAACCGAAAGAUCAAGCUGCGUUGCUGAAAUUUGUGUAGGUGAGGGGGAAAAAAACACUUGUUUGUCUUUCCCUUGGGAGUGCAAGUCUUGUUAGUGUUUUCUAGUGAUCAUGUUGUUUGUAGUGUCUGCUUUUGACAAUUUCCAAUUGUUCUGUUUCGUUUUUUCUCCCCUCUGCUGUAGAUGCUGGUGACUAUGCUCUUGAGUUAUGUCUGGUUCAGACUACACACUAUUUUUGUCUGUCAAGAUAGUCGCGGUGUCAGAUUACACUUUCUUUUGACUCCUAAAACCUUGUGUUGUGGACAAGAAACAUGUCAGACUACACCUUCAUUUAUUGAGAUGCCAUCUAUAAUGAUGUCAUGAUGUUGUGAAGCAUUGCAAUUGGUUGUCGUCCACUAUAGCACUACACGAGCUGAAAAGAAUCUUGCCUCCCGUUGUCAUUUACGAAUCCCUACAUCAAGCAAAUCAUGGCAAAAUCAUGUAGUCUGAACCAGGCUUUAGUGUGCUGCUUCAGAUUUGCCGUUCGUGUUUGUGAUCUUGUCAAGUCUGUUUUUCUUUGUAUGUUUAUUAAUGAUAAUCUCUAUGUGAUGCUUGUGUUUAUGCCUAUACAGUUCAGGUAUGAUUACAUGUAAUAAUAUACCUGCUACAGCACUCAUAAUGUACCUGUUAUCCAAUCUCAUGUCGACUUGGGUAAAAUAGAUGGAACUCAGGACCUCAGAAGAAAUAGGUGGUGUGUAUGAAUGCUAAUUUUGCCCAAUGCUUACUGUGGGAUAUAGGUUUAAUAAUAAUAAUAAUAAUUAUUAUUAUUAUUAAUAUUAUUAUUUGAAUUCAGUAACCACAUUAAACUCUUUAGGGGUCUUAAGUUUCAGUUAAUAAUUAAUAUUUGAAUGUUUAAUCAGUGAAACUGUAAUGCAUGAUUCUCUCCUCAAUUUGUUUGUCUCCCCACGUUUUUGUAUGCAUGGAUGGGUUUUGCACAGAUCCAGACCAAAGUCAAAUCAGCAGAGAGACAAUCUCAGGAAGUGCUGUUUUAAAUGCAGUAGCUCCUCCCUCACUCCUCUCUUAUCAUUCUGCCAUGGGCAGGGCCGCUGUUUAAUGAGCGAGUGGUUAAAAUCAUGAUUAUGUUGAUUAGUGAGUUGAACAAUGUAUGUUUUAGUUUUAUGAAACUUUGUGUGUAAAACCUUUAUAAAGGUGUUCUAUGAAUAAUUUCUCAAAAUCCCCUACUUUUUAUUUGAGUGUUUUAGGCAAAACAUGGGAGGGAAAAUUCAUGCAUCAGUUUCGUUUUAAAUUGUCGGUUUCUUUAACAUUUCAUUAGUGUGGAUGUAUUGCCCUAAAAUAGAUGUUUUUAGUUUGAGAUGUAUUUUCAGAUUUUUAUUUUCUAAUUUUGGCAAUAUUAUCCUUGGGGUGCAAAUUAUGUUGAAACUGUGCCACUAAAAUGGGAAAAAUCUGUGGACCUGGUUUUCUUUUUUCUUUUCUUUUCUUUUUUUUUUAUCUUAAGUAAUUGAUUUGAUUUAUAACUUGUUGGUGACAUGAAAUUUAUUUUUAUUUUAUUUUUUGCUAAUCUUGUAACCUGUGUAUGUUGUAAGCUUUUUAGAUAUGAAAUGGUGCAGUUUUGAGUAGCAAGUUAAUUGUUGACCAUUUAUUUUUAUUUCUAUAGAGGGCUAGACAUAGCAACUGCUGAGUGAAGUGUUUUUGAUGAUAUUGUAGAUAUUCAAUGAAAAGAUAAAGGAAAUGGAAGAAAAAAAUAAAUUAUACACAAAUGUAA